AUGCCCCCUUUGGAACUCCUGGAUCCACGACUGAGUCCUGCGUGUGUUUGUCCUAGCUACGGUCGUACUGAUUGCAAUCUCAGAGGUGAAUUGAUUAUUGUUGUUUACUUUGGUUUAGCCUACCAACCGCCUGACUUCCAAUGCGCAGCUUCAGAGUUUGACAACUUGACUCUAAACAUCACCACCAACAUGUAUGCUAGUUACGAGCAAUGUCACAUCAAAAUAUUUGAAAACGAUACUGGUGUUCAGAAACUUGUCAAGGAGACUGUAUGUACCAACGGCUUCCAGUACAGUUUGGCAAAGGAUAGCACGAUUGUUACAGAGAUGGAUCUUGUCUGUGAUCGAGCAAACUCGGCAGAACUGCUACAGACGUUGGUAUUUGGGGGACAGUUGGUAGGUGCGGCCUUCGCCUCCUCACUGAGUGACAGAUUCGGCAGAAAGGCUGUUCAUCUUGGCUCCAACCUUCUGACGUUGACUUUUGGCAUUGGUGUGGCAUUCUCUUCGAACUUUCUGAUGCUGGCAAUUUUGAAAUUUAUUCUAGGCGUUCUACAGCAGGGUAUGGUUAUGACCGGUGCGGUUUUAUCAUUAGAGUUGUUUCCAGAGAAGACAAGAUUCUACAGCGAGGCUUUGGCAUCCGUUUUCUGGACAACGGGUUUGGUUAUCAUGAGCGCUAUUGCCUACCUCAUGCGAAACUAUUCGUGGAGAUAUUUGCAAAUUUCACUUACUUGUUUUUCCAUUUUUAGUCUAUUCCAAUUCUGGAUUCAAGACGAAUCAUUACGAUGGCUUGCAAUCAACGGUAAACGUAAAGAAGCAAAUAAGAUAAUAAAGAAGGUGUCCAGAUGGAAUAAAGUCAAAUACUGUGACCUCAGUCAGAUUGUGGAUAGAAAAAUGGCUCAAACCAAGGACAAAUGUAUGACGGAAGAUCAACCUGCCAAUGUGAUAAUUGUUGAAAAAUUCUCCAUUAUUACCAUUCUGAGGAAAAGGUCCAUAUUCAUCAUUUCUGUAAUGAUGUGGUUUACAUGGGUAACCAACACCAUGACGUACUUUGGAUUGACUUUGACUUCAACAUCUUUGGCUGGGAAUCGAUUUUUAAGCUUUUUCCUUUCGGCCUGUGUGGAAUACAUCGGCGUGAUACUGCAAUACUUAAUGCUCCCAUGUUUAGGGAGAAGAACGAUCACCGUAGUCUUUCAUGCAAUAACGGGAUUGUCGUUAAUGAUUGCCACUAUUUUGGACCACUUUUCAGAAGGAAGCAGCACACUCGCCCAUACAUCUAUCAUAGCAUCGUAUAUUGGGAAAAUGUCAAUAACAGGUUCCUUUAGUACACUGUUCCUGUACACCCCAGAGCUUUAUCCAACUAAUCUCAGGAAUGUUGGUAUAGGGAUUUCCUCCACAUUUUCUAGGAUCGGAGCGAUGCUUUCUCCUUUUGCCGGAGCACUGGCAAGAGAAGUAGCUUGGGCCCCAGGUUCUAUAUUUUCGUUCAUGUGCUUUCUUGUGGUUAUACUUUCUCUAUAUUUACCGGAAACACGAGGGUGGGAUCUUCCUCAGACAAUGGCGGAAGUGAAAAUGUGGUACAAAGAAAACAGUGGAUUUAGACUGCGUAAAACACGCCCGAUGACAGAAAGCACAAAUCUUUGAUCGCUAUCAUAGAUGUAACACACACACACACAACAUAAUAUAUAUAUAUAUAUAUUAAUGUAAACAAACUUGUCAAUCAUAUAUAACUUGUCAUUAUUAUUAUAUAUUGUUUAUUUAUAUCUUGCACAGACCAAAAGUCGA